GUUUGGUUAAAAUAAAAUCAUAAAUGAAACCACUAUCGUGCAGACAAGAAAUUGUUGACGGACGGACUGACGGACGGACAACGCCAAAACUAUAUCCCUCCGACUUUCGUCGGGGGAUAAUAAAAUCAGGUGGGCAGUUAACCGGAUGCUGUACCACUACAAACCUAUUCACGGCAAGUAAAUGUCAACUUCCCUACAUGAAUCAGAGGGGGAGGAUUAAUGAUUUCAGACACAAUGUUGUUUAUCAAAUAGUCACAGAGAACAUGAGCCCCGCCCGAAUAUUGAGCUCAGGACCCCACGAUCCGUAUACCAUUAUGCUCUACCUACUGAGCUAAGCGGGGUGGGCCUCAUCGGGAUAGAGGUCAAGGGACAGUACACAAGGUACUCAACAUGCAUGUAAAUACAGUAUCUUCCCCUGUUCACCUCAAAACAACAAGGGGGUUUACUUCCUAGAAGAAACCUGUAUUUCUUAACAAGAAAGUACAGCAAAAUAUUAUUCUUUUUAAAAUUGAGGAAACUGUAACAGUCGUGUAAGUAUGAAUACCUACAGUAAAUGUUGCAUAAAAAUAAUAAUAAUAAUAACAGAAGUGAGAUAAUUUUUUUUUUUUUUUUUUUUUUUUUGAUUUAACGUCGCACCGACAAAUGAUAUAUAUAUAUUUUUUUUUUGUCAGUUCAUUCUAAUUUUAUUUUGACACAGUCUUAGUUUCUUAAAUAUUUCAUAAUGCUGCAGCUACAAAAAUACAUUUUGUACAUAGAGGAGUUCAAGCUAAUACAAAAUGUAACUGAACAUUUGUAUUGCAAAUACCGCCUAACAUGUGGCAUAUAGACAUUUCAAUAGUUAAUAAUUAUGUUCAUUUCUUGCAGUAUGUUUCAUGUUCCUGACUACAAACAGAACCUGUCCUUGAGACUGUCUGAGGUCCUUGAUGAUAUUGGAGUGAAUGAGGAAAUGGUGCUCAAAAGGAGAAAGGCAGUCCUACUGGAAGAAACUAUGAAAACAAUUACACGCAUGCCUAUACAUAGGGUGUCCAUUUACAAUUUUGGCAGUCUUUCGGAAGGCACAACAACAGAAGGACUUCAUUCAGAUAGUGACAGUCUAAACUGCGUACAUAAAUGUAAUGUGAUACAGGACAUUGCAGAAUGGGAACCUGGCUUCAGGAAUCUACUGAUGAUCCAGGAUAAUACAACAACACCAGGUUACUGUCUUCUACAACGGAUCCAUGAUGAUGUACCUCUUCUUGGUACAUAUGUUCCAGAUAAGUACCAUGUUAGAGAUGCAAGCGGAAGGGUGUUGCUAAAGAAUACUAUGAUUAGAGAUAGAACACCUGCAGGGGCUGUACAACAUGGUCCAUCAUGGGCUAUACAUGGAGCACAUUUUGUACCUGGAUCAAUAGACUAUGACGUUGUUCCUGCCUAUCAUUGUAGGUCAUGGCCCUAUGAAGCUAGACCCUGGUUACACAGACAAGGGAUAGCAAGAUGGCCAACUGCAGACAUGAAGAGAUUUGCAGUAAAUAAUGGAUGCUUCAUUGUUUCUGUUGGAAGUAAAGUCAGCCAGAAUCCAGAGCUUGAAUGGAGAAUUUCUACUUCACAAGCAGAGAGAUGUUUAGUUUAA